UCACUACUUGUACUACUCACCACCACAUUAUUUCUCUUUUCUCUAGAACCCUCCACAAAACCCUUAAAACCCUAAAACCCCAAAGGUACAACUCCGAGCACCACCACCACCACCGCCACAACCACCAGCAAUGGCGUUGUUGUACUCUCUCCGCCUCCGCCGAACCCUAACUUCUCUCUCCACUCUCCACCGCUCUCUCCCCUCAAUCUCCGCUUCCACCUCCACUCCUCUCCUCCACGGCCCCAUUUCCUCCACCGCCACCGCCACCACCACCUCCUCCACCAAUCUCCUCGCUAAACCCCAGCCGUUCAGAUCAUCGGCCAUCGCGCUCUACUCGUCUCGCUCGACCUACAACCCCAACAGCAACGAAGAGAUCGGACCCGAUACGAUACUCUUCGAAGGCUGCGACUACAACCACUGGCUAAUUGUCAUGGAUUUCGGCAAGGAGAAUAGGCUCUCGCCUGAGGAAAUGGUCCGUGCCUACGAGGAGACCUGUGCCAAAGGUCUCAAUAUCAGUGUGGAGGAGGCAAAAACGAAAAUUUAUGCUUGUAGCACAACAACAUAUGUUGGCUUUCAAGUUUUGAUGACAGAAGAGGAGUCUAAAAAAUUUGAAGCUUUACCUGGAGUUACCUUUGUAUUGCCAGAUUCUUACAUAGAUCCAGCAAACAAGGAGUAUGGAGGAGAUAAAUACAUUAAUGGUACAAUUAUACCUAGGCCACCACCAGUUCAGUAUGGAAGGCAAGGGAGACCGCGUGAUCGAAGAAAUAACCAAACAACAUAUAAUCAAUCAAGACCGUCAUUCGACUACCAGGCAGGAGAUGGAAGGAACCGUGGCGCUCCACAAAAUUAUUCACCACAGCAGAAUUAUGGCCCUCCAGGACAAGCACCACAGCAGAAUUAUGGCCCACCCAGACAAGCACCACAGCAGAAUUACGGCCCUCCAGGACAAGCACCACAGCAGAAUUAUGGCCCUCCAGGACAAGCACCACGGCAGAAUUAUGGCCCACCAGGACAAGGAGAAAGAAGAGAUCCUAUGCCCAUGAACAACAUGAAUUAUGCCCCUGGAGGAAUGGGCAGUCACCAGUCUGGGAGGGGAGAUCCAAUGCCUUCACAACACAGCAACUACAACCAAGGGCAGGGAAAUUAUCAUCCCCAAGAACGUAGAGACUUCCCUCAAGGAAAUCAGAGUGCUUAUGUGCCUCCUGGGAAGGAGAAUUUUAUGGGAGAGAAUAGGAAUUAUGGUCCUCCACAGGGUGGACCUUAUGGGCAAGGAGCAGGUGGAUAUCAAGGCCAAGGAACAGAGGGAGCUUAUAAGCAGGGAGCAAGUUCUGGCUAUGGGCAGAGUUACCCAGGGCCUGGAGAAGGUCAAAGGUUCUCACAAGGUGAACAGAAGAACUGGCAAGGAGAGCAAAGGACCUAUGCACCAAUGGGACAAACGGGAAGUGACCAAGGGCGAUAUUGAAAACACUACGGAUGGUUAUUCAAGACUAAGAUGAGAAGGGAUCUGUAAAGAAGAUACGUUUCUCUCCUUCAUUCUCGCAAGCAAGGAGAAAAUGCUUAGGAACUUUUGUAUUUCUUUUGAAUUGGAAAUAAUUUUUACUUUAAAAAAAUUGUUUAGGAACUUUUGUAGCACUCAUUAAAACAAAAAAAAAAAAAAAAAGAAACUUUUGAGUUUGUCAUGGUAAA